AUGGUGGGCGGCGGCGUCGACUCUGCAUCGAGGUUUAAUAUAUUUAUAUUAAAAACGCAAGUCCGUGCAGUGCGCCUCCACCAAACUAUUUCCCAGCCGCACCGGAUUCCUGCCGGAUCUUGGUAACGGAAGGAUUCGGUUCUUUGCAUGUGCAGCAUGUUCUGCAGCAUUAGCCGGCUAUUGUUAUCUGUCGUAUUUUUUUUAUGUUUUUUCUUGCACCAAGACCCGGCGUAUUGGUCCGCAUGAACCCUCUCGGUAAAUGCCCUCUCAGCUGCAGCCGUCAACGCCAAAGAAACGCCAAAGCCACGCCUUAUGCGGCUGCUACCCACUGAAACUUGCUUCUGUUGAGAGCCGCCUAUGUUGCAAUUUAUUGAUUUUUUGGUUCCUGCAAGUGUAUUUUCUCCGAGGUCCACUGUUGCCACCCAUGGUCUAGCCAUCCUUCGGGGCUUGAGCGUGGCUUUGAGGCGCAAGUUUGUAGGAUUUGCUUUUCGGGAGGCAUGGCGGCCUGUGUAUAGAUAUCUCUGCCUCCGCAGUUUUUGUAAAUUCUAUUUCUUUCUUUUCUUCUUUUUUCUUUUCUUUGCUUCCUGUAAAUACUUCACGUUUAAUAGUCAAUCGCCAUAUAGCAUGACUGCUGAUGCUCUAUCCUAUCUGCAACAGUAUGAGGGCAAGGUGGUGCCGUUCUCUUUCAAUGCUGGCUAUGUCAGUCUCAGUUAUGUUGUGAGCCUUGUUGGUGCGGCUUCUACUCUCGAACUGAUUCGUCGGCGAACCUCUCACAAAGGAAUACAUAAUCUGCUAUUACUGGCUGGUGCUGCAGUCUGCAUGGGAGGAAUUGCUAUUUGGUCCAUGCACUAUGUCGGUAACCGUGCCAUCGCCAUGCUUGACGGCGAAGAAGCUCUUCAGAUUGCCUACGAUACCAAGCUUACCGUUCUUUCCUUCUUCAUGCCUAUCCUUGUUUUACUUGUGGCCUUUGUUGUCGUCACUGCCAGUGCCCAGGUUGCAUGGUGGCGCAUCUAUCUAUCUGGCUCCCUCUCUGGCGGUGCGAUCUGCGGUAUGCACUAUAUUGCCAACCUAUCAAUCAGUAACUAUCAUACAACAUAUCAUGUUAGUUACGUCGUUGGCGCUGCUUUGAUUGCUGUCUCGGCCAGUUCGGCAGCACUUGCUCUCUUCUUCGUCUUUGAGACUUCAUGGACCAAUUCCUGGUGGAAGAGAGCCGGGUGCGCCAUGGUCCUUGCUGGUGCCGUCUCUGGGAUGCAUUGGUGUGCUGCUGUUGGAACGCAGUACACGCUAAUGGCAUCAUCAUCCAUCAAUGUUGGUGGCAGCUCCGUGUCACGCAAUGAUACAACCAUUAUUGUUGCAUGCCUUUCCAUCGCCGCAUGCGCCAUCAUCACAGCCAGUCUCAUGUUUUCGACAUACGUGCGACGAGUUUCCGCCCGUAAAGCACAAAAGGUCGUUUUGGCAUCUGCUGUCUUUGACUCCCGAGGGCGAAUCAUGGUCAGCUACGAAGGCAUUCUUCCUAGUCAAGUCGUGACAACAACGUUCAUACCAAGGACAAGCAGCGAAUUUUUCGACACAGCACACCCCAUAUUUCAUUGGAUGUUUCGCGCAUCCCGGUCCUGGGCCAGUGUGGUCGGCCUCAUCGAUCCUAUGCAAAGACACAUGGAACAAUUGUCUCGAAAUAAAUCGCUUCUUGUUGCCGACGAUGGUACCAUGGCAAGCAAUUACAAUUUGAUUAUUUGCGAAAUGUUCUGCCUUGCCGCUGCUGGCCUUGCCUCGCUUAUGAAGCAGAGUCUUCAAGAUGUAGGCAAGCUGUGGGAUGAAAUCCUGACUACUGGCAACGAUGGCACUUCGUUGGCCGCCAAUCACCGCCCAAAAACGCCAGCCAAUCCCUCAUUGUCUCCCCGAGAAGCUGAUGUUGAAAGUGUUUCCGAAAAGUCAGUCGGCUCAAUGGAUCACGGACGCGGCUCCCUCAUGUUCCUAGUACGCCAUGUUCGUACUCAGGAAGAGGUUGAAAAGCUCAAGGCUGAGGGCUACCGAUUUGCAGAGAUCCACCAGGUUCUUGGCAAUAUCAGGUCCAAUAUGCAGAUCUUAACCCCAGACCUCCUCGAUCGGCUGCGUCGCAUGUCGGAACCAGACUCAACUGCUGACAGUGACAUGAGACCAGGAGUCUAUCUCGGCGCAUUUGUGCUCAGAGCCAGGCUGGAUCACAACAACAGCGGCGGUUUCGACGUCUUGGUACAAAAGGCCACAAGAAACAGACUUCCUUCAAAGUUACUACCUAUACAGGAGCUACAAGAGUGGCACCACGCCUUUCUCAAGCACUUAAAUGGCUUAACAGCGUCUGAUAUCCUUCAACGGCUUCGCAAUGUUGGAAAUACCAGCAAGACUAAAGAAGCGCUAUUUUCUCGGCAAAUAUUCAAUGCACUCGUUGAGAUUAGAGACGGAUUUAAAGAGACUAUACCAUCGGAUGCGAGCGAUGCCUCAGCAUUCGAUAACGCCAUUCUCAUUCCGCAAAUCACUCAGUUACCUUGCGUUGCGGAUUCCAAGGAAGCAGCUUGGGGAACAAAUGAAAGACAUUUUACAUGCUCUUUAAUAUGCUUCCGCUUAGUUCUCCCUAUCCACACCCGCGAUAACUUCAAAGCGUAUCAGGUCGAUCCCCUCCCCUUCUUCAAGACACGCCAGCUCGUCUACCCAGGCUCACCUCAGCAAGUUGAGUUUUCGCACCAGAUCCAUCGAGAUGUCAUGGCAUCCGUCUUGAAGCUCUCUACUUCUGAGGUGGUAUCCAAACCAAAGGUUAUUCUAGCGAGGAUGGGGGCCUUUGGAUUGUUGAAGAAGAAGGCCGCAAAGUCUGCCGACAAGGCUAUAGUUCUGCAGCAGUUGGAUAGAAGUAGUCGCGAGGGACUAACACUCGCCACAGCACCAAUGUCGAAUGUCUCACAUGAUGAAAAAUCAAGCUCGUUUGGGGAUCGCAAAGACUCCGUAUCUAGUUGCUUUGCUACGGAUGGCACUGAUCUAGGUGGCAGAAGCCCCAAGCCGUUGGGUGGUAUCAUGGUCUCUCAGCAAGUGGUUAUUGGUAUAGAGGAACGAAAUAUACCGGCCAAGAAUACUGGUGGUCGCGCCAACUUGGUGUCUCAGCAGGACAGCCCAUAUACAGCGAUUACUAUUGGGUCCGACGGUCAAAGAAAUGCUGCCGGAGACCAUGGCCGGCAGUUGGAUGACGUCUUUGUGGAUGAAUUGUUUAGAUUGUGUAUAAGCAGUUAUGUAGCACGUUGAUCCUCGGGUAACAAAUAUUAAUUAUACGUUUAUUUCCAGACAAAUAAUGCACUGCGCAUCAUCAUCGAGUGGCCAAAGUUUGUUAACUAGCAUACAAGACACUACAUCACCUUACCACUCGUCACCCAAUUACUCAAGGCGGUCUUAUAUGGUCUACUUUUACCACCGCGACUCACAAUCAGCUUCUCGACCUCCUUUUCAAUUCCCAAGGCUGUCGCAUCACCGGCAUUAUACGUAGAAUGUGCGUCUUCUAGAAUAGAAACUUGGAAUCCGGCACUCAGCGCUCCUAGUGCCGUGGCCUGGACGCAGUACUCGCUCUGAAUACCCAGAGUGACCACAUGGGUUACGCCAUGACUCCUAAGACGGGCUGCCAGGUCUUGGUUCGACUCAAAUGUAUCGCCUGAAUUGUCAGAGAAGUCGUUUAUUCAAAAUAUGAUUGGAUGUACCUGUAGUCUUAUGGACGACGAAUUCAUUAGAACUGUCGUCCUCCGGAGUGAAGACCAACUCCCAUGGUGCAGUCCCAUAGACCAAGGGACCGUCCUCAGGG